AUGUACGUGGCCAGGAUCACUUGCAGAAGAUCAAGAGAAGGAUUUGAUCUCAAGUUUAACCUAGAUUGCCAUUGGUCGAAUGCCCUGUAUAAAGGAUUAGACCACAUCCAGUAUGCAACUUCAGCAAACAAAGUUGUAUUAAACAGAGAUGAUCUAUCAGUUUUUCGUUUUGAUUCCAUGGCUACAAGUAAUGAAUGUGCUUCCCUCUGCAUGAAAGGGAAUGUUUCUGUAUCAACAAAGUCGGAUUAUCAACAGAAAUACCCUUGUACCCUACAAACAACGUCAUACAACUUUACUGGCACCAACGAUGAGGGUGAACUGUGUGCAGGCGUUGUCAAAGGUGCAGUUAUACAUAGCAAGAAUCCAGCACAACAUGCAGCGGAUUUAGAAAUGAUAGAAGAGAAAGAACAGUUCCAAACAAAAUUUAAGAAUCAACAGACAGGACUUCCUAAAGAACUAGAAUGCAUCCCAGUUGAUAGUGGAAGUGACGAGGCACCAUGUUUUGAGCAAGUUCAAUUUUGGUGGGCAAAGAGACACUUUGUAAAACCUACACGUAUGCAUCUUGUUACAAGUAGACACAGUGGUGGUAGCAAUUUAAACCGUGUGGAAUUACAGAAUGGAUGUGAGGUAAAAGCUAGAACAAACCUGCUCGUUCCCAUGACAUUGAAUGGCCUGAAUUGUGAUGAAUCUGGCAAGACUGAUAAUGUAAAGUUGAAGAAAAACAUAUCUGAUGCCAUUAAUGUGCACAAUUCAAGAGUCGACCAGGCAUCUUGUGGAGAUACUGAAAUAAAUUUAUUCAGGGGAUCAGAUUCCAAAGCUAAUCAAAUUCUGGACAUGCAUGUUAAGAGCUUCUUAAGUGGAACAAAGACAGACAAAGAUAAGUUGAAAUUGGAGCAUCCAAAGGUAUACAAAGAAAUCAAAUUGAUAUGGGAUAUCCAAAAUGCGCACGUAAAUACAUCAGUUCCUCAGAGGUACAUAUUCCAUCUUAUUUGUUGUUACAGACAUGACUGUCCCCAUCCAUUGUGUAAGGCGGGAAAGCCAGAAAAUGAUAUCUUUUGGUAUGAUGGCGGCCCACCAAUUGAUGUUAUACCUCUUCCUCUUCCAGAGCGUUUCACUUCGGAGCAAAGCCAGAAUGUCCAAUAUAUAAUUUUUCAUUAUGUCGGAUGUUUCUAUCACUAGUCUUGUCAAUUGUUAUACAGUAAGCCAUUAUGUAUGUGUGUAAAUUGCUAUAAUGUAGCUUUAUAACAUUGUUUAUUGCUUAUAGAGCUAUUUUCUUCUUACUUUAUAUACUCAUGGAAACACCACUUAAAACUGAACAGAAACAAAAUUAUUCAAAAUGCAGUAAAUGCCUUGCUGAAAAUCCUCCGGGCAUAGUAUCGAAUGUCAGAACUGGUUUCACCAAUAUUGUGUGGCUAUUGAAAGCACAGACAUUGAAGGGAUAUGGUAUUGCAACAGCUGCAUUCAGAAAUCUGUCUGCCAAUCAUGUUUCCUCGCUGAACCGUCAGAUAAAACUGAUGAGGAAGUGUUAUGGAUUGCCUGUGACAGAUGCCGAAAUUGGUAUCAUACAUUGUGUGUAG